AUGUCAUCUGCAGUCCAGGGAGAAUCAGGUAAUUUUUGGAAUAAAUUCAAAACAUCUACAAAAUCUAUAUCUUCGUCAUUUUCUCAAUUAUCUGUAAAAUCAGAAGUGGAUGGUGACUCACCAACAUCAACUAUAGUACAUAAAGCACUCGUAAAAUACUACAAGCAUCAAGAACCUUUUACAGGAUUCCCAUCAUGGUUAGGUCAUAAGGAGGACUUACCUAAUGAACAACAUAUCUUAAAGAAACAAAAUGAACAUUUAGAAAAGAAACAAAGAGAACAGGAGAAACAGAUGAAGAAAGAACAACAGCCAUCUGGGUUUACUUCAUUGAGAAGAGCUGCAUCCAGUGCAACUGAGUCAGUAUCACACCCACACGACACACAGCGAAAAUCAGUUGGAUACGAAAGACGUGCAAGACCUAGUGAUGCAUUCCAGGGCAUAUACAACUCUGAGAGCCCCGAAGAUUAUGCUAAAAGCAGCAGUACAACAUCUGUUAGUAGUAGUGACGGCCAUAUACCGUCAAGGUCCUCCUCAGGACGUGUAAACCGUUUAGGUAGACCAAGUUGGUCCCAGAAUCCUGGUGCUACUGGGAACCAAGAAAAUACUAGACCUGAGUUAACGUCGCAAUCAUCAUUAUUAAUGACAGAACGACUACGGAGAAAGACAAGAUCCUAA